GAAGCCAAGAAACAGUUCAAGAAAUGGGUGAAGCAAACUCUCCACAUCACCGCAAACACCCAAUCACCGCAAACUCACCACCACCAUCACACUCACCAAUGUGCGAUCAUCAUCACAUUCUUCAACAAAACCAACAAGUGGUGGAGCCCACAGACCUGUUCUCCAUGAUGCACAUCAACAACCGUCAGCCACCCUGCUCCGCCGCCACCAACCCCAUGAAGCGCCGAUCGCCCCCGUCUUCCUCCUCCUCCGGCGAGCCCUGCGCCAAGAAGCUCUUCUGCGACCAAGAGGAUCCCACUCACUACGGCUUCUCCGCCGUUCCCAUUCCCCUCAACAUCAACUCCCUCGUCAACAAGGGUGGUUCUUUCCCCGUCCUCCGCCGCUGCGUCUCCGACCCCUACACCUCUCCGGCGCCGGCACCGGAGCCGGAGCAAUCCAUGCCGCCGGAGAGAGGCUCUGGGCUGCCUCCCCUGCCGCCGAGAUUCCGACGGAGCGUGUCGGAUCUCUCUGUUCCUUCGCCAGAUAAGGCUUUGUCCUGUUUGAGCUCCGAAGAAACUGCCACGCCUGAUUCCGUGAGGCUGAGAAGGAUGAAGGAGCGUUUGAAAGAGAUGAGACAGUGGUGGGAUGAAGUUAUGAAAGAUGAGGAAGAAGAUAGAGGUGGAAGAGAAGAAGAGUGUGCAGUUGUUGCUCAAGAUGACAAGGCCCUAGCUCAGGAUGAUUUGGUAGGUGGAGAUUCUGAAGAAUCUGUUAGUGUUGAUUGGAUUGAACGGUGCGUAAGCCUUGGUUUUAGGUGCCCCUGUGGGAAAGGCUAUGAGGUUCUCCUUUCUCAAAAUAACUGUUACUACAAGUUGGUGUAGAAGAAUAACUAGUGUGUUUGACUCCUUUUAGUUUGGGAUCACUUCUGUUUUUAUUCUCUUUUAGCUUUGCCAAGUGUUUUCCUAUUCUCAUGCGUGGCAUUUGGUUGUAACUAGAACCGAUGUUAUAUCACUUGCUUUCAAUAAUGUAAAUAAAAUGUUGUGUACUAUCUCCAAGAAAUGGAGGGAAGUUAUUUUGUUCCAUCUACUAGUCUGUAACUCAGUUCAAAAUAUCAUAAAAAAAUAUAUGACUUGUGAAGAGUGCUAA